AUGUCGUCGCAGAUAUACUCUCGUUACAUACCUCCAGCAAAGCAACCAAAGGCCCCCGCGACAAUACCAGACAUAGUGCAAAAGCCGAUACCAGAACCCCCGGUCAAUGCGAAGCUCCAGCCUCUCCCAACUCGAAAUGAUGCUUCCGCAACCUAUGCACGAUAUGUGCCGCCUUCAAAAUUCAAAUCCCCAGCUGUUUCUAUGAGGCCCGUUGCGCCGAUUAUAGAACCCUCUCCAUCUCCCUCGGGGUCAAAAAGGAGUGGGGAAGGGCUGGGAGAUGCUACAGAUCAACCAAGGUCGAAGAGACCAAAGAAGGCGAAGAAUGGAGAUGCAGCACCCAAAUUUGACUCGGGGCCUACCGCAACUAGUGAUGAUGUAGAUUUGAUGGGAAGGCUGGCAAGACCAAAUAAACAAAGCGAAGAAGCUAGGCAGUGUCGAAACGUUGCCCCCGGCGGUGAUCAACAUAUACCAAUUCCAGAGGAGGCGGAGGCGGAGGAUGCGAGGCAUAAUAAAUUGAUGCGAAAACGCGAGAAGUCUCUGAAAAAAGCUGAAAGAAUGGCAAAGAAUGCGGCUGCAGAGCCUGCGCCCGAAUCAUUGGAGGACAUACUACAAGAUGAAGGGCCAUUACAAGAUCUGGUACCUCUACCUCAGCCCGACCCUAUUCCCGAACCUCCAACAUUGAAUAUCCCGUCGUCCUUGCCUACCUGGCUGGCGUCACCGAUACGAGUCCUGCCCACUGCAACAGCACAAUUCUCGGAUCUGGGUGUUCCGCAAGAUGCUACCGAUAUGCUCGUGUCGAAAGGAUUCCACGAGGCCUUUGCUGUGCAGGCCGCAACCCUACCACUUCUUCUGCCUGGACAAGCCCAGAAGCCAGGCGACGUUCUUAUUUCAGCCGCGACUGGUUCAGGGAAGACUCUAGCCUAUGUCUUGCCUAUGGUUGAGGAGCUCAGUAGAAACGCCAUCGCGAAGCUCCGAGCCCUAAUUAUCGUGCCCACUCGGGAACUUGUGAUUCAAGCUCGAGAUGUGUCGGAAUUAUGUGCUUCUGCAUUUGCUACUGGCUCGAGGAGGCGUGUGAAAAUCGGAACCGCUCUAGGAAAUGCAAAUUUCAAGACGGAGCAGGCUUCGCUGAUCGAGCAAAAUCUCGCCUUUGAUCCGCAAACAUACCGAACGGAGCUGGCCCGCCUCAACUCGAAAUGGGAGGGCUCGGAUCAAGAUAGCGAUGAGGACGAUGAAAUGAGUUUUAUUGAUGCGGUGCCAGGUUCAAGAUUACCGGACCAUGUUUCGCGCCCAAGCCCAAAGGUUGACAUACUUAUUUGUACGCCGGGUAGGCUUGUUGAACAUCUAAAAUCUACACCAGGCUUCUCUCUGCAGCAUGUGAACUGGCUUGUAGUAGACGAAGCAGAUAAACUCCUCGAUCAAAGUUUCCAGCGAUGGCUGGAUGUUGUGAUGCUAGCGCUGCCAGCAGAAAGCCACAUUGCUCAACACAGAUCAAAUCACGUUAGAAAGAUCAUUCUCAGCGCCACAUUGACCAAGGAUAUUGGUCAAUUGAGCGCAUUGAAACUCUACAGACCAAUCCUGAUUGUCCUGGAGGGCUCGUCAUCUGAGGAGAUCUCUAAACGUGAACAGGAUUCACACGCCCACGUUCUCCCGUCGCUGUUAGUUGAGGCUGCAAUCAAAGUUGAUGAAGAGCCUAUAAAACCUUUGUAUCUUUUAGAGUUACUAAGGCGGGAAAAUCUAUUGACCGACACCGCUAGUCCGAAAUUAUCCCAUGGAGACUUUUCUUCGGAUUCUUCGUCGGAUUCUUCGUCGGGUUCUAAUACAUCCGAUGAUAUGACGGACGACGAAUCAGUGACAUCCCGGGACUCCUUGGAAGCCGUCCCAAAACAGGCUGCUCCAUCAACCUCCUCGCGAGGCGUCCUAGUCUUCACGAAGUCAAAUGAAACAGCGGUCCGCCUUGGUCGCCUUAUUGCUCUCCUCGAACCAAAUUCCCCUCCUACCAUCGCAACUCUCACAUCUACAACACGAAGUUCGACAAGACGAGCUGCCUUGAAGGCAUUCGGAUCUAAAAAGCUCUCAAUCCUCAUCGCAUCGGACCUUGUAUCACGUGGUCUUGAUCUUCCUGACCUAGCCCAUGUUGUGAAUUAUGAUGUUCCGACGAGCGUUGCCAGCUAUGUGCACCGUGUGGGCAGGACUGCUCGAGCAGGGAAACCUGGCCAUGCGUGGACUUUAUUCACGGCUGCUGAGGCAUGGUGGUUUUGGAAUGAGAUUGCUAGAUCGUCAGCUGUUGAACGGGCGCCGUCGUCGAAAGUUUUGCGAGUAAACAUUAAUGCUUCGCAGUUUAAUGAGGAACAGAGGGCCAACUAUGAGGCGACUUUGGAGGCGCUAAAGCUCGAAGCUAUACAGACGUCAAGUUCUAGAUAA